CCUUUCUGCCAUGUAGGGGAGGCAGCGCCCACAGGUCCCAGUGCCUGCAUCUAAUCUGUUAAGGGCUCCAGCCUGCUGUACUCGGUCCAUGCCUUGGCCCCUCGGCCCCUCCCCACAAAUGCUCAGCGGAACAGGGGAUUAGGUUCUGGCAGCACAGCUGGGAUUUUGGCGGCCAUUCCACAGUCAACAAUAGCACGCAGCACCCGGACAGGACAGGACAGCGCAGGCCUGCACUCCAGGGCCAGAAUCUGCCUGGGUUUCUUGUUUGGGGGGCCCAGGGGGAGGAGCGGGCACAGCUCGGCAUCCUGGCCUUGCCACGCAGAAGGUGUAUUGGGGUGACUGUGUAGUAUCAGCAAGAUGACACUCCAUGCCACCCGGGCGGCUGCACUCCUCUCUUGGGUGAACAGUCUGCGUGUGGCUGACCCUGUGGAGGCUGUGCCGCAGCUCCAGGACUGCAGCGUCUUCAUCAGGAUCAUUGACAGCAUCCAUGGCACUGAAGAGGGACAGCAAAUCCUGCAGCAGCCGGUGCCAGCAAGACUGGACUUUGUGUGCAGUUUUCUGCAGAAAAAUCGAAAACAUCCCUCUUCUCCAGGAUGCCUGGUGUCUGUGCAGAAGGUGAUGGAGGGGUCAGAGCUGGAACUGGCCAAGGUGACCAUGUUGCUCUUAUAUCACUCUACCAUGAGCUCCAAAAGUCCCAGGGACUGGGAACAAUUUGAAUAUAAGAUUCAGGCUGAGUUAGCUGUCAUUCUUAAAUUUGUACUGGACCAUGAGGAUGGGCUAAACCUUAAUGAGGACCUAGAGAGCUUCUUGCAGAAAGCUCCUGUUCCUUCCUCUUGCUCCAGUACCUUCUCUGAAGAGCUCUCCCCACCUAGCCAGCAAGCCAAGAGGGAGGUUCACUUCCUAGAGCUACAAAAGGUUGCCUCUUCCUCCAGUGGAAACAACUUCCUCUCAGGUUCUCCAGCCUCACCCAUGGGCGACAUUCUGCAGACCCCACAAUUCCAGAUGAGACGGCUAAAGAAGCAGCUCGCAGAUGAGAGAAAUAACAGGGAUGAACUGGAGCUGGAGCUGGCUGAGAACCGCAAGCUCCUCACUGAGAAGGAUGCACAGAUAGCUGUGAUGCAGCAGCGCAUCGACCGCUUAGCUCUGCUGAACGAGAAGCAAGCAGCUAGCCCACUGGAGCCCAGGGAGCUUGAGGAGCUACGGGACAAGAACGAGAGCCUCACCAUGCGGCUGCAUGAAACUCUGAAGCAGUGCCAGGACCUGAAGACAGAGAAGAGCCAGAUGGAUCGCAAGAUUAACCAGCUUUCUGAAGAAAAUGGAGACCUCUCCUUUAAGCUGCGGGAGUUUGCCAGUCACCUGCAGCAACUACAGGGUGCCCUCAAUGAACUGACAGAGGAGCACAGCAAGGCCACUCGGGAGUGGGUAGACAAGCAGGCUCAUCUGGAGAAGGAGCUUAGCACAGUCCUGCAGGACAAGAAAUGUCUUGAAGAGAAGAAUGAAAUCCUUCAGGGAAAACUUUCACAGAUGGAAGAACAUUUGGCCCAGCUGCAGGAGAACCCGCCCCAGGAGAAGGGCGAAGUUCUGGGUGACGUCUUGCAGUUGGAAACCCUGAAACAAGAGGCAGCCACACUUGCUGCAAACAACACCCAGCUCCGAGCCAGGGUGGAGAUGCUGGAGACUGAGCGGGGCCAGCAGGAAGCCAAGCUGCUUGCUGAACAGAGCCACUUUGAAGGAGAAAAGCAGCAGCUGAAUAGCCUGAUUGCCGACCUGCAGAGUUCCAUCUCUAACGUCAGCCAGGCCAAGGAAGAGCUGGAGCAGGCCUCCCAUGCUCAGGUGGCCCAGUUAACAGCCCAGGUGGCCUCUCUCACCUCUGAGCUCACCACACUCAAUGCCACCCUUCGGCAACAGGAUCAAGAACUGGCUAGCCUGAAGCAGCAGGCUGAAAAGGAGCAGGCCCAGCUAACACAGACUCUCCAACAGCAAGAGAAGGCCUCCCAAGGCCUCCGCCACCAGGUGGAGCAGCUGAGCAGCAGCCUGCAGCAGAAGGAGCAGCAGUUGAAGGAAGCAGUCAAGGAGCAGGAGGCCACCAAGCAGGACCAUGCCCAGCAACUGGCCACUGCUGCUGGGGAGCUAGAGGCCUCCUUAAGGGAGCGAGAUGCUGUGCGCCAGCAGCUAGAGGUGUGGGAGAAGGAGAAAGCUGCCAAGCUAGAGAUUUUGCAGCAGCAACUUGAGGCUGCUCAUGAAGCCCGAGACAGCACCCAGAUCUCAGUGACACAGGCCCAGCGGGAGAAGGCAGAGCUGAGCCAGAAGAUGGAGGAACUCCAGACCCGUUUUGAGGCAGCACACCAGGAACAGCGUCGGGCCGAAGCCCAAGUGGCAGAGCUAGAGGCCCAGCUGAGGUCUGAGCAACAAAAAGCAGCUGAGAAAGAAAGGGUGGCCCAGGAGAAGAACCAGCUCCAGGAUCAGCUCUGGGCCCUCGAGGAGUCCUUGAAGGUCACCAAGGGCAGCCUUGAAGAGGAGAAGCGCAGGGCCACAGAGGCCUUGGAAGAGCAGCAACGUUGUAUCUCUGAGCUGAAGGAAGAGACCCGAAGCCUGGGGGAGCGGUGUAAGCGAGAACAGAAGGAGCUAGAAGAAGAGAAGGCUGAGCGCAAAGGGCUAGAGGCUCAGUUACAGCAGCUUGGGGAGGCCCAUCAGGCUGAGACUGAAGCCCUGAGGCAGGAGCUGGCCCAGGCUGUAGCCUCCCAGCACAGGGCUGAGAGUGAAUGUGAGCAUCUUGUCAAAGAGGUAGCGACCUGGCGUGAGCGGUAUGAGGAUAGGAAGCAAGAGGAGGCACAGUAUGGUGCCGUGUUCCAAGAACAGCUGAUGACCCUCAAGGAGGAAUGUGAGACGGCCCGCCAAGAGCUGCAGGAGGCAAAGGAGAAGGUGGCAGCAGUAGAGGCCCAGAGUGAGCUCCAGCUAGGCCGGCAGCAGAAUGAGCUAGCCCAGCUCCAUGCCAGCCUGGCCAGAGCUCGGCAACAGGUCCAGGAGAAGGAGAUCAGGGCCCAGAAGCUUGCAGAUGACCUUUCCACUCUUCAGGAGAAGAUGGCUGCCACCAGCAAGGAGGUAGCCCGCCUAGAGGCCUUGGUGCGCAAGGCAGGUGAGCAGCAGGAAACAGCCUCCCAGGAGCCACUCAAGGAGCCCCGGAGGGCAGGAGACAAAGAGCCUGAGUGGCUAGAAGAGCAGCAGAGACGCCCGUUCUGCAGCACACAGGCAGCACUGCAGGCCAUGGAGCGGGAGGCAGAGCAAAUGGGGAGUGAGCUGGAGCGGCUGCGAGCUGCACUCAUGGAGAGCCAGGGGCAGCAGCAGGAGGAGCGUGGGCAGCAAGAGAGGGAGGUGGCACGGCUGACCCAGGAGCGGGGCCGGGCCCAAGCUGAUCUUGCCCUGGAGAAGGCAGCCAAGGCAGAACUUGAGAUGCGGCUGCAGAAUGCCCUUAAUGAGCAGCGUGUGGAGUUCGCUGCCCUGCAAGAGGCUCUGGCCCAUGCCCUGUCAGAAAAGGAGGGCAAGGACCAGGAGCUGACCAAGCUUCGCAGUCUGGAGGCAGCCCAGAGAGCAGAGCUGAGGGAACUUCAGCAAACUGUGGAGCAACUGAAGGAACAGCUGGCUAAGAAAGAAAAGGAGCACCAGCAGUCUUCAGGGAUAACCAGCAGAGAAGAUGCCUCCAGCUCAGGAGCCCAGUCUGAGGCUGCUGGCCGGACAGAGCCGACAGGCCCUGAGCUGGAGGUGCUACGGGCAGAAGUGAGCAAGCUGGAGCACCAGUGCCAGCGGCAGCAGGAGCAGACUGACAGCCUGGAACGCAGCCUCAAGGCUGAGCAGGCUGAUAGGGACAGAGCUCUGGAGGCUCUGCGGAGCCAGUUAGAGGAGAAAGCCCAGGAGCUGGGGCACAGUCAGGGCACCUUAGCCUCAGCUCAAAGGGAGUUGGCCACCCUCCGUGCCAAGGCCCAAGACCAUAGCAAGGCUGAGGAUGAAUGGAAGGCCCAGGUGGCCCGGGGCCAGCAGGAAGCUGAGAGAAAAAAUAGCCUCAUUAGCAGCUUGGAAGAGGAGGUGUCCAUCCUUAAUCGCCAGGUCCUGGAGAAAGAGGGGGAGAGCAAGGAGUUGAAGCGGCUAGUUAUGGCUGAGUCGGAGAAGAGCCAGAAGCUGGAAGAAAGGCUGCGCCUGCUCCAGGCAGAGACAGCAAGCAACAGCGCCAGAGCCGCCGAGCGCAGCUCUGCUCUGCGGGAGGAGGUGCAGAGCCUCCGGGAGGAGGUGGAGAAACAGCGGGUAGUGUCGGAGAACCUGCGGCAGGAGCUGGCCUCACAGGCAGAGCGAGCAGAGGAGCUGGGCCAAGAAGUGAAGGCAUGGCAGGAGAAAUUCUUCCAGAAGGAGCAAGCCCUCUCUACCCUACAGCUCGAGCACACCAGCACACAGGCCCUGGUGAGUGAGCUGCUGCCAGCUAAGCACCUCUGCCAACAGCUGCAGGCCGAGCAGGCAGUUGCCGAGAAGCGCCACCGCGAGGAGCUUGAGCAGAGUAAGCAGGCAGCUGGUGGGCUGCGGGCAGAGCUGAUGCGGGCCCAGCGGGAACUCGGGGAGCUGGUACCCCUGCGGCAGAAGGUGGCAGAGCAGGAGCGAGCAGCCCAGCAGCUGCGGGCAGAGAAGGCCAGCUAUGCCGAGCAGCUGAGCAUGCUGAAGAAGGCACAUGGCCUGCUGGCAGAGGAGAACCGGGGGCUGGGCGAACGGGCCAAUCUUGGCCGGCAGUUUCUGGAAGUGGAGCUGGACCAGGCCAGGGAGAAGUAUGUCCAGGAGUUGGCAGCUGUGCGUGCUGAUGCUGAGACCCGUCUGGCUGAGAUGCAGCGGGAAGCACAGAGCACUGCCCGGGAGCUGGAGGUGAUGACUGCCAAGUACGAGGGUGCCAAGGUCAAGGUCCUAGAGGAGAGGCAGCGAUUCCAGGAAGAGAGGCAGAAACUCACUGCCCAGGUGGAGCAGCUAGAGGUGUUUAAGAGAGAGCAGACUAAGCAGGUGGAAGAACUGAGUAAGAAGCUGGCUGACUAUGACCAAGCCAGCAAGGUGCAGCAGCAGAAGCUGAAGGCUUUCCAGGCCCAGGGAGGUGAGAGCCAGCAGGAGGCCCAGCGCCUCCAGGUUCAGCUGAAUGAGUUACAGGCCCAGUUGAGUCAGAAGGAGCAAGCAGUUGAACACUAUAAGCUGCAGAUGGAGAAAGCUAAGACCCAUUAUGAUGCCAAGAAACAGCAGAACCAAGAGUUGCAAGAACAGCUGCGGGGGCUGGAGCAGCUGCAGAAGGAGAACAAGGAGUUGCGGGCUGAAGCAGAACGGCUGAGCCAUGAGCUGCAGCAGGCUGGGCUGAAGACCAAGGAGGCAGAACAGACCUGCCGCCACCUUACUGCCCAGGUGCGCAGCCUGGAGGCACAGGUUGCCCAUGCAGACCAGCAGCUUCGAGACCUAGGCAAAUUCCAGGUGGCAACUGAUGCCUUAAAGAGCCGUGAGCCCCAGGCUAAGGCACAGCUGGACUUGAGUAUUGACAGCCUGGAUCUAAGCUGCGAGGAGGGAACCCCACUCAGUAUCACCAGCAAGCUGCCCCGUACCCAGCCAGAUGGCACCAGCAUCCCUGCAGAACCAGCCUCACCCAUCUCCCAGCGCUUGCCCCCCAAGGUAGAGUCUCUGGAGAGUCUCUACUUCACCCCCAUCCCUGCUCGGGGUCAGGGCCCCAUGGAGAGCAGCCUGGACUCCCUGGGCGAUGUCUUCCUCGACUCAGGCCGUAAAACCCGCUCUGCUCGUCGGCGCACCACACAGAUCAUCAACAUCACCAUGACCAAGAAGCUAGAUGUGGAAGAGCCAGACAGUGCCAACUCAUCCUUCUAUAGCACACAGUCUGCCCCUGCUUCCCAGGCCGGCCUGCGGGCCACGUCAUCUACCCAGUCUCUGGUCCGCCUCGGCUCUCCUGAUGAUGGCAACUCAGCUCUGCUCAGCCUGCCUGGCUACCGGCCCACCACACGCAGCUCUGCUCGCCGCUCCCAGGCUGGGGUGUCCAGUGGGGCACCUCCAGGAAGGAACAGCUUCUACAUGGGCACUUGCCAGGAUGAGCCAGAGCAGCUGGACGACUGGAACCGCAUUGCAGAGCUCCAACAGCGCAACAGAGUGUGCCCCCCACAUCUGAAGACCUGCUAUCCCCUGGAGUCCAGACCCUCCCUGAGCCUGGCCACCAUCACAGAUGAGGAGAUGAAGACCGGAGACCCCCAGGAGACCCUGCGCCGAGCCAGCAUGCAGCCAGCCCAGAUAGCUGAGGGCACUGGUAUCACAACCCGGCAGCAGCGCAAACGCAUCUCCUCAGAGCCCCACCAGGGCCCUGGCACCCCCGAGUCCAAGAAGGCCACCAGCUGUUUCCCACGCCCCAUAACUCCCCGGGACCGACACGAAGGGCGCAGACAGAGCACUACUGAGGCCCAGAAGAAAGCAGCUCCAAGUGCUACUAAACAGGCUGACCGACGCCAGUCAAUGGCCUUCAGCAUCCUCAACACACCCAAGAAGUUGGGGAACAGCCUUCUGCGGCGAGGGGCCCCAAAGAAGGCUCUGUCCAAGGCCUCCCCGAGUAACCGCAGUGGAACCCGCCGCUCUCCACGCAUUGCCACCACCACGGCCAGCGCUGCCACUGCUGCCAUCGCUGCCGCCACUGCCACCUCUCGAGCCAAGAGCAAGGCAAAGCACUAAAGGGCAGUACCAAUGUGUGGCCCCACCUGUGUCCCCGAUGCUGAUCUCAUCUGGUCCUCCUCCUACUGUCCCUCUCAGUGCCUUCUCAGCUCCCAGGCCAACGGUGGCCAAAUCCCUAGAGACAGUGAUGCUCGUCCACACCCUGGCCUGGUACCCGGACCUUCACUGGCGCCUUCUCAGAGCUGGCCCAGAAGGCCUGGAGCUUGGACAGUGUGGGCACUCUCCCUACCCUGCCUCCUAUUUUUUUUUCUUAGAGCAAAGUCACUUCAUAACCAGAUUUUGAGGCUGGUUCUGAGUGGCUGGAUCCUUGGGCCUAGCCAUUCUUCCUCUCAGCCUCUGGAUCUAGAAGGGACCAUUGGAGGAGCAGGUCCUGGUUCCUGCUGCUCCUGGUGGCUGGGCCUAGCAGGGACCCUUGCUCUUAAAGUCUAGGACUGGUCAUGACCUGGUGGAAGUGCCUGUCAGAGGACGCUUUUUUCCAGGACAGAUGGGCCCUGUCUCAGGAGUGGAGGGGACAGCCUUCAGCGGCAGCUCACACCCCAUCUUCCCCAGACCUCUACUGGGGUGGGAUUUGGAGUGAUGGAAGGUUUUUAAGGGCCGGGAUGGAUCUUUUCUAAAUGUUAUUACUUGUAAAUAAAGUCUAUUUUUCUCCCUUGA